UAUUCACAGGAAGCCUGGAGAACGCCGCAGGGCAUCCUGACUGCACCGAGCCCAGGGAACCAGAAGCUUCAGGACUCUUCCUGCGUCCCGGAGACGGACGAGACAAACACAGCAGGUGUGAAGGAAGCGAGCGGGACGAUGCUGCGGACAGGAGUGCGUCUUCUGGCGCUGGCGCUGUGUGUUUCAGCUGGUGGAGACUUUGACUGGACCAAAAAUGAGAAAACCUCUUUCUACUUCGGGACCUUCCCAACUGGUUUCUCCUGGGGAGUCGGCAGCUCAGCCUAUCAGACCGAAGGAGCGUGGAAUACAGACGGGAAAGGAAUGAGCAUCUGGGAUGUUUUUGCUCAUAAAAAAGGAAAAAUCUCCUCAAAUGAAACAGGAGACUCUUCAUGUGAAGGCUACUACAAGUUCAAGGAUGAUAUUAACCUGAUGAAGGAGAUGAAGCUGAAUCAUUAUCGCUUCUCAGUUUCCUGGCCGAGGAUUUUACCCAGCGGGUUGAGAAGUGAGCAUGUUAACGAGAAAGGAAUCAGGUAUUACAGCGACCUGAUCGAUUUGCUCCUGAACAGUAAGAUCACACCUGUGGUCACUCUGUACCACUGGGAUCUACCUCAGGUGCUGCAGGAGAAAUAUGGCGGCUGGCAGAACGCCAGCAUGGUCGGCUACUUCAACGAAUUUGCCAACUUGUGUUUUGAACGUUUUGGGAACAGAGUGAAGCACUGGAUCACCUUCAACAACCCCUGGUCCAUUUCUGUGGAAGGAUACGAAACAGGGGAGCACGCCCCCGGACUGAGGACGAGGGGCAGCGGAGCUUACAAAGCGGCUCACCACAUCAUCAAGGCCCACGCUAAAGUCUGGCACACCUACGACAUGAAGUGGAGAAGCAAGCAGAAAGGUCUGAUCGGGAUCUCCCUGAGUGCUGACUGGGGCGAACCGGUGGACGUGUCCAACCAACGGGACGUGGAAGCAGCAGAACGCUACAUCCACUUCUACCUGGGCUGGUUCGCCACGCCGCUCUUCCAUGGAGACUACCCAGCGGUCAUGAAGGAAUACAUCGGCAGGAAGAGCGGCCAGCAGGGCCUGGGCGCGUCGCGGCUGCCCGUCUUCUCGCCUCAGGAGAAGAGCUACAUCCGAGGAACCGUCGACUUCCUGGGCCUCGGACAUUACACCACCCGCUACGUCACCCAGAAGAACUACCCGUCCGGCUUCGGAGACAGUUACUUUGCAGAUCGGGACCUGGCGGAGCUGGUGGACCCAAAGUGGCCCGACCCUGGUUCUGAGUGGCUCUACUCAGUUCCCUGGGGGUUCCGGAGGUUGUUGAACUUUGUGAAGACCCAGUACGGAAACCCGAUGAUCUACGUGACGGAGAACGGCGUCUCGGAGAAGAUGCCGUGCACCGACCUGUGUGAUGACUGGAGGAUGCAGUACUUCAGGGAAUACAUCAACGAGCUGCUGAAAGCCGUUAGAGACGGAGUCAACGUGAAGGGUUACACCGCCUGGUCUCUGCUGGACGGCUUCGAGUGGGACGAAGGUUUCUCUGAGCGCUUCGGACUCUACUUCGUGGACUUCAGGAACAAGAACAAACCUCGCUUCCCAAAAGCUUCGGUUCAGUUCUACAAACGCAUCAUCAGCUCCAACGGCUUCCCCAGCCAGAGAGAGGUGGAGAGCUGGAAGAGGAAAGCUGUGGAGACGUGUUCCUCCAGCAACCAGCUGCUGGCUGCAGAUCCACUGAUUGGCCACAUGGAGAUGGUCACAGAGAUCGUUGUUCCCACCAUCUGCACACUCUGCAUCCUCCUCAGCGCCGUCUUCUUCAUGUUUCUGCUGCGCCGACGCCUCUGAGGAACGCCCGGGCCUUGCCUGUUUCCAUGGAAGCAGAACUCAGCAGGAACCAAUCAGAGCGUCUUCCUGUUGACCGCCCUGCCGUUCUGCUCCAGUCAGGUCAUCAAUAAACAGUCAGAACAAGCAGAAUAUGAUUAUUAAUCAAUAAAUGAUUAGUAAGCCUGGUUUACUGUUGAACUAAGACUGGACUGAACUGUUCAAACUGUUUCCGACUGGAACAAACAACCAGGCUGAACUUUGUUUUGACUGUUAUGAGUUUCAUCAUAUUUAAGCUUUUAUUACCAGUUGUAUUUCUAAAUUUGAUAUAACAAUAAAGUGGUUUAAAUGUGCAUAUUAAAUCUGAGGAAUGUUUAGAGGGUUUGUGUAGUAUAUAAAUGUAAUAUUUUAUUUUUCAUCAAACAGCUCAUUUACCA